AUGGCCUCUCUGUGCCUCCAUCGACUUUCUCUUUCUCUGCUUCUGCUCGCCUUUGGAAUCCUAGCUCUAGACUGCAACAAAACUGCUGAGAUUCAAUUGCAAGUGAACAACCCAGAGGUCCGAAAGCUCAUGGAAGCAAUGGGAGGGCACCGGCUUCCUCAAGGGUGCCCACAUAAAAGACCAACCACUGGUUUUCCUGGGGUAAAAAUCCUCAGAUCCAGCAAAGAGGAUAAAAGCAUAGCAGUGAAGAUGAUCCUCGAAAAGAUUCUAGAGAUCUUUGAGCGCAACUUCACUCAAGCAGAAUGGGAUGAAAGAGCCACAGAUCUUUUGCAAAAUGCCCUUUACCAGCAAAUUAAUCAGUGGAAGAAUUGCUGUACUCCAGAGUCCGGGAUGGUCGCAACACUGAAAGAUCAAGAUUUAAACCUGACUCUGCAAAGAUACUUCCGACAAAUCCAGACAUUCCUAGAGAACCAGCAGUACAGCCUUUGUGCCUGGAGUGCUGUGCGAAUGGAAAUUUGGAGGCUCUUUUUCGUCUAUCUUGAUCAACUUUUGAACAGGUUUUAA